AUGAGUAGAAAAGGAGUUAUAGCCAAAAGAGUGAAGGCUGCUCCAGACGGCCAUAUCGAGAAUCAGCGCCGAACGCGCAGACCGGCUGGCCGAGGAACGAAUGUUCCGCGCUCGGCCAAAACCGUAUUCGUCCGACUGAAGUCUCGGCCAAAGUCCAAACCACUCGGCCGAUCACACAGCACGACCCGGGAAACAUUGUCCCGCGGUCGGCCAAGCCAACGCCACGCCACCCGCGCACGACCAAGCGCGCGAGCCGGGAACAAGCCUCGCGGCCGCGCAACUCCUUCGCGUACCACGGCCGAUGCAUCCGUCCGAGCCGGGAAGAACGUCCCACGUCCGGCCGAGAAACCAUCGGCCAAAUCAUCCGCCGACCAGCCGGCCGACCGUGAAAUCAUCCGGCCCGACCGUUCCGACUCGGCCAAAGACCCGACUGUCCGGCCGACCGUCCCGACGACCGUCCGAACGCCGCGGUCGACCCGAAGCCGUUUUUGA